AUGAGUUCCGACGAGUUGGAGUUGUACGACAGUGACAUUGGAGAAGAAAUAGAAGAAGCUGAAAAGAUAGAGUUCCUGAAUCGAGAAGACGUCGAACUGGAGAUGAAAACAUUGAUAUCUGAUGUCGAAUCGAUUGUCGAAGUGAAUGCGGGAAUGUGUCGUAACCUACUCCACAAAUUCAAAUGGAACAAAGAGGCGCUUCUGAACAAAAUGUACGAGAGUGGGGACACUCAACAAUUUCUGAUCGAUUCUCAAGUCGUGGCGAAAUGCGAUGAUAAAGUUGAAGAAUCGAAAGAAGGCGAUUGUGACAUUUGUUGUUCGUCUGGCGUGUUGAUUGGACUCGACUGCAACCAUAUGGCUUGUAAAGAGUGCUGGAAUAAGUACUUGAAGGAGAAAAUCGUGGAUAAUGGGAUUUGUGAGAUUGAGUGCAUGGUGCCGGAUUGCAAUUUGUUGAUGGAGGAGAGCAAGAUCGCCAACUACACCACCAACUCAUUCAUCCUCGCCAAAUAUCGUUACCAAAGUAUCAACGGUUAUGUGGCCGCCAGCAGUCGUUUGAAAUGGUGCCCAGGAAACGAUUGUGGACGCAUUGUCAAGAUACCCGACGCAGAAACCCGUCUGAUCAUGUGUAAAUGUGAAACCCGAUUCUGCUUCAAUUGCUGUCUGGAAUUUCAUGAUCCAAUCGACUGUCGACUGAUGAAGAAAUGGCUUAAAAAGUGUUCCGACGAUAGUGAGACGAGCAAUUGGAUGAAUACAAAUACGAAAGACUGUCCGAAAUGCUCAGUGCCAAUCGAGAAGAACGGUGGAUGCAAUCACAUGAGAUGUACGAACAAUAAAUGCAAACAUGAGUUUUGUUGGCUGUGUAUGAAAGCAUGGCAAUAUCACAAGGAAAAUGGUUAUAAAUGUAAUAUAUUCGAUGAGUCCAAGGAAAAAAGUCGGUCAGAGACACGAGCACUUUUGGAGCGCUGGCUCUUCUAUUAUAACAGAUAUAUGAAUCAUUUGCAGAGUUUGCAGUUGGAAGAGAAGCUGAAAGUAAAAGUGUCCGCUAAAGAGGAAGAACUGCAGAAAAAUUCGACGAUGACCUGGGUGGACGUUCAAUUUCUCUCUAAAAGUGUUAGUGCUCUUUCCGAAUGUCGUCGUACUCUUAUGUAUACAUAUGCGUUUGCAUUCUAUCUCAAGAAAAACAACAAUUCGGAAAUCUUCGAAUCGAACCAGAGGGAUCUCGAAAUGGCCACCGAGAACAUUUCGGGAUAUUUGGAGAGAGAAUUGGAGACGAAGGAUUUGAAGACAUUGAGGCAGAAGGUGCAGGAUUUGAGUCGGUACGUGGAUCAACGUCGCAAGGCUCUUUUGGAUCAUUGUGAGGAAGGAGUCGAGAACGAUUUUUGGGAUUUUAGCGAGUGA